AUAGAACUCGGAAGAGUUACAACAGGGCGACACACGAUCUGGGCAUGGACAUGGUGGACCGGUUACCUGGCCACUCUGCACUAAAUAAUCAGACACUCAGACAAAACAAACACUGGACUCUACGCUAAACCCUAACCUGGGAGAUCAAAAUGCCUACGAGCCAAACUAGAUCUAGGACGAGAGACCGGAGCAACGCGCUGAACAGAGCGGAGUUCGUGUCUCUUCUCCAGCAGCCGCUGAGGAGCAACAGUAAUGCCGAAGCUCGUGCGCGGAGGCCGUCGCACAAACAGCCGCAGUGUACACACGCGAGCGGCGGAGACAGCACGCAGCAGGAGCCGGGAGACAGCAACAAGGACAGAAAAGAGCUCCCGGAGGAGGAUUGCAUGCAGCUCAACCCGUCAUUCAAGGGCAUCGCGAUGAGCUCUCUGCUAGCCAUAGAUAUCUGCAUGUCAAAGCGACUCGGCGUGUGCGCGCAUGCGACAUCGUCAUGGGGCAGCGCGCGCGCCAUGAUCAAACUGCUCGCGCUCACCGGCCACGGCAUCCCGUGGAUCAUCGGCACACUGGUGUGUCUCACCAGGAGCAACACACUAGCUGGCCAGGAGGUUUUAGUCAAUUUGCUGCUUGCUCUCAUAUUGGAUGUGAUGACUGUGGCAGGAAUGCAGAAGUUGGUGAAACGCAAAGGGCCCUGGGAAAUGUCGCCCAGUUUCCUUGACUACCUGGCCAUGGACACCUACUCCUUCCCAGCAGCCCAUGCGAGUCGGGCAGCCAUGGUGUCUAAGUUCUUGCUAGCACACUUGGUUCUUGCAGUUCCUUUGCGCAUUUUGCUUGUUCUGUGGGCCAUGCUAGUGGGUAUGUCACGUGUACUGCUCGGUCGCCACCACCUCACAGACGUAGGAUGUGGCUUUGCUUUAGGAUUUCUUCAUUACAGUCUAGUGGAGAUGGUGUGGUUGUCGUCCAGCACAUGUCAGGCUUUAAUCUCUAUUGGGACACUUAACUGGAGCCCCCUGUAUUGAUCAGUGUGUGAUUACCUGCAGCCUUUUAAUCAGGCUAAAACCUGUUGGCCCAGUGCCCAUACUGCAGAGUUAUAGUGAUAAUGUAUUUGUGCAUAUUUGGAGAGAAUCUAAAGUAGUUUUGAAAGUUGAAUUAAAACAUUUUAUUUUCUGCAGAGUUAUAUAGGCCUGAUAUUUGAGAGGCAGUAGGGAUGCACACAGGCUGGAAAUUUGAUGAAAACAUAUCAAGGUCCAUGCAAUGAAUUCUACUGUUUUGCAUGGUUACAUAGCAAAAAACAUCUACAGUGGUGCUUGAAAGUUUGUGAACCCUUUAGAAUGUUCUAUAUUUCUGCAUAAAUAUGACCUAAAACAUCACCAGAUUUUCUCACAAGUCCUAAAAGUAGAUAAAGAGAACCCAAUUAAACAAAUGAGACAAAAAAUAUUAUACUUGACAAUUUAUUUAGAGGAAAAUGAUCCAAUAUCUGUGAGUGGCGAAAGUAUGUGAACCUUUGUUUUCAGUAUCUGGUGUGACCCCUUGUACAGCAAUAAGUGCAAUGAAGCACUUAUAAGGUGCUCAUUCACACCUGAUUGUUAACCCAUUGAUUGAAAACACCUGCCUCUAAUUUCACCUUCAAAUUAACUGCUAAUCCUAGAUGUCCACAUACUUUUGCCACUCACAGAUAUGUAAUAUUACAUAAUUUUCCUCAAUAAA